AUGACUUUGGAAGUAGUUGCCCUAGCUCGUCCACCCUUCGAGGGCGCAAAACAUUAUUUCUCCAUGGCGACGUUGAUGUCGAAUACCGAGCCUGUCGCCGUCUCCAAUCUAUCUGGAAACACCAUCGCUAGAACUGAACCUCUUUCUUUAUUCAAACCUCAAAAAACCGACAGUCUGAGCUCCAUUGCCAGCGCUGGUCUUCACGUGUCGCGAUCGAGAGACCAACUACCGCCAAUGACAAGCCCAUCAGCAGGACCGGCGGAUCGGCCGGAGCAUGACGAGGAAGCUGAACGGAACAGCUCACAAGUGGCGCGGGAGGCCUUGGGCGCCAGUGAAAAGUCGCCAGGCGCUCCAAUUCACGAGUCCGCCGUUCAUGCAUCCCCAGAACAGAUGCACGUCGACUCACACGCGACCGAAUCACCAUCUGACCCAUACGGAUCGAAUGAUCACCACCACAAUUCUCUGAUGCAAUCCUCAACUGUCGCCAGCCCGGGUCCCAUUGAAGAAUCGACCUCGCAGGACGGAGAUCGACGCCCGCGCGAUGACACCGAGAUCGACCACGAUGGCAAAGCAUUCUCUUAUCCGAUGCCUACAGGUAACAUCAACGACCCGCGACGGGGAUUGAGUCUGCCUAAUGCUGGUUACAAUCGCGGUAGUCCCCGCUCACCAUCUGCGAAGAAACACCGCUGUCCGUAUUGCUCGACAGAAUUUACCCGGCAACAUAAUCUCAAGAGCCAUUUGCUCACGCACAGUCAAGAAAAGCCAUUCGUGUGUCAAACCUGCCAAUCGCGAUUCCGCAGAUUACACGACUUGAAGCGCCAUACCAAACUGCACACGGGCGAGCGACCCCACAUCUGUCCCAAAUGCGGGCGUCGGUUUGCUCGAGGCGACGCGCUGGCUCGACACAACAAAGGCCAGGGAGGAUGCGCAGGCCGGCGCGCGAGUAUGGGCAGUUUUGCAGAUGAUGAAUACGGAGAUGGCGGUGCUGGUCCGGAUGAUAUGGACGGGCUGAUGUAUACAGCGGAGCCAGAGCGCAUGGACGAGGAAGACGAGCGACGUCUGAUGCCGAGUAUUCGGAAGCACGAGGCAGAGAACGUAGCUCGAUCUGAUUCACUCCAGUCUCGUCAGUCGAACACAUACCCGCCCAUCGCAGCGAGCCGCCCCAGCCAUCUCUUCCCACCCCCACCUAAUCACGGUGGCUCAGGCGCGUCAACAUCAACCUCGCAGGUUUCAAACAUGACUUUCCCACCCGCAGGUCAUUCUUCUAGCUCGACUAUGUUCACUCCCAACAAUAUUAGUGACAGCCCCAAGCCACUGUCCCCGGGUGCGUUGUCAUCGCAGCAUGAUCCUGCACCGCCACACCGCGCGCACUCGCCCAGUAUGGGACAGUCCCUGCCACACCCGCAGUCUUCUUUUGGAAGAGGAAGCCAAUCAUCGAACCACGCGCCUUCACUUGGUCUACCAUUACCCCAGCCUGGGGUGCCCCAGCUUCCCCCGCCGCCUGGCAUGACCUCCCCCGAUGCUAGAUAUGGCUUGCAAGCAGCAGCCAAGCACACACCCUCGCACAGCCACUCCAGUACCCACAGCAUAACCGCGCUCAAGGGACCCGAGGGGCUUGAAGUCAAUUCAACUGAGGCCACCCAGGUUGAUAAACUCUGGUCGUACGUCCGAGGAAUGCAUGAAGAACUAAACGCCCUGCGUACUGAAGUUUCGACUCUGCGAGCACACAUCGCCUCGUCCAACUUAUCGGCACCUCCAGCCCCGAUGGAAGUCAACCUGAACAACACCGGGCCGCGAUAA